CCUAAAAUUGUCAUUUCAUAAAUGAAUCAUAGACCCGACCCGACCCGACCAACACUAAUAUAUAGUCGAGACUCUCGUGAGAGAUUCAGGACGCACCGAGAUUAAAGAAAGUGGGAGUUGAAGAGUGAGAAGCUCAACUUCUGAAGCAAUGCGAAGAGCGGGGCUUUAUAAUCGGCAGCAUGCGAAGCAAGUGGGAGGAGGAGCGAGUGUGAAGGCCAAGGUUGGGAAGCUAUUGCUCGCCGUUGUCGUCCUCUUGAUCUGCACCGUUUCCUUGCUCUUUACGUCCGCCUCCACCAGUGGCGGUGCUGCUGGAUCUGGCUAUCGCUCUGAGAUCAAUUUGGAAAAACUUUGGAGAAGUGCUGACUCUGGAGGUUGGAGGCCGUCAUCAGCUCCACGAUCGGAUUGGCCUCCUCCACCAAGCGAGACUAACGGCUACCUACGUGUGCGCUGUAAUGGUGGUCUCAAUCAACAACGUACUGCGAUCUGUAAUGCAGUUCUGGCAGCAAGAAUAAUGAAUGCUACCCUUGUGCUGCCGGAAUUGGAUGCAAACUCUUUUUGGCACGAUGACAGUGGUUUUCAGGGAAUCUAUGAUGUCGAGCAUUUCAUCAGGUCAUUAAGGUUUGAUGUAAAAAUUGUAGAAAAGAUGCCCGAAAUUCGCAAAAAUGGGAAGACCAAGAAGAUAAAAGCUGUACAGCUUCGACCACCAAGAGAUGCUCCUAUCAGUUGGUAUACUACAGAUGCUCUUCAGAAAAUGAAGGAGCAUGGGGCUAUCUAUCUAACUCCCUUUUCACAUCGUUUGGCGGAAGAAAUUGACAACGCCGAGUACCAACGGCUGAGGUGCAGGGUUAACUAUCAUGCUCUGAUAUUUAAGCCAAAUAUUAUGAAGUUAAGUCAAUCGAUAGUUGAUAAGCUCCGUACACAAGGUCACUUCAUGUCUAUACAUCUUCGUUUUGAGAUGGAUAUGCUGGCAUUUGCUGGGUGCUUUGAUAUCUUUAACCCAAAAGAGCAAGAGAUUUUGAAGAAGUAUCGAAAUGAAAAUUUUGCACCAAAGAAGCUUGUUUAUAAGGAAAGAAGAGCAAUCGGAAAAUGCCCAUUAACUCCAGAAGAGGUCGGUCUUAUUUUACGCGCAAUGGAAUUUAACAAUUCUACCAGGAUAUACCUAGCUGCUGGUGAACUAUUUGGUGGGGAGAGAUUCAUGAAACCAUUCCGUGCUUUGUUCCCUCACCUUGAGAACCACAGUUCUGUGGAGCACUCAGAUGAGCUACCAGAGAACACCCAGGGAUUAAUAGGGUCUGCAGUGGAUUACAUGGUUUGUCUCCUCUCUGAUAUUUUUAUGCCUACAUAUGAUGGACCUAGCAACUUUGCCAACAAUCUCCUUGGACACCGCCUCUAUUAUGGUUUCCGGACCACAAUUAGACCUGAUAGAAAAGCCCUUGCUCCAAUCUUCAUUGAUCGCGAGAAAGGACGAAAAUCAGGUUUUGAAGAAGCUGUUAGGCAAGUGAUGCUAAAAACAAACCUUGGCGGCCCUCACAAGCGGAUCUCACCCGAGUCUUUCUAUACAAAUUCUUGGCCAGAAUGCUUCUGCCAAACAUCUCCAAAGAAUCCGGCAGAUAAAUGUCCACCAGAUAAUGUUUUGGAAAUUCUGAACAGCCAGUUAAGUCAAGAGAAUGAUGAUCCGGAAUCAAAUUCAACAUCUGUUAGAGAGAGAUGAUACAACAACCUCAGGAUUUGUAGUUGCUGAUAGCUCCUUUCCCAUACUAUAGAUUAUUGAAGCCCUGUGUGCCUGAAGGAUAAGGAAUGGGUUUCUACAAUCAUGCUCUGCCUUUCAGGCUCCAUCUUGGGCAUUUGGAGGUAGGGUUGAGUUUAUCUCGGGGUUUAUAUCACUGUUCUUCACAGUAUGGACAAAGAGAAGGGCAAGUUGACAAUAUUUGAUCGACCUCUUUGUAUAAUGAUCAUCUUAUAGUAUUACUUCACAUUACCAAAAUCCACUAUUGGAUUAUUACUUUGGUAUACUCAUUCUAGAUUUGACACGCAUUGUAUUAUUCACUUUAAUAUAGUUUUUGAAAAUCUAAAUUGAUGUCUAAAAUUGUUAGAAUGAUGAUUGAGGGGGGAGUAGGAGACCCCAUUAUUCUAUAGAGGAUCAAAAUUAGAUCAAUGACUGAUGAUAUAUUAAAUGAUGAAGUACUAUUCUUCUGCUUAAUUUUC